AGGUGGGUAACAGAGAUAGAUUAGCAAUUUUCCCAAAUGAUUUAUCCAUGAGAUUUAUUUUCAGUCAUAUUGUUCAGUUUUGAGGAGGAUUUAACAGAGAUCAAUAAAGGCAAUGCUAUGAUAUGAUUUACAUGGCCUUUAAAAGGCAUUUGAUAGUGUUGGACAAGAGACUUUUAAGGAAAUUUAUAAUUUGUGGAAUAAAGGGGACGGUAAAAUAAUGCAUACAAGAAUUGGCUGAGUGACAGGAAACAGAGAAGCAGUGAGCAGUUAUUUUCAGAAGUUUCUCUGGCAAAGAAAGGCCUGCAUUCCAGACUAACGGGUAAAAUUUUGGAGUAACAGUUACAGUAGCAACUUCUUCAUUGCCAGCAGACAUAGGAAGGCUCACUGAGACAAUGCAACCUCAGCCAUUACAGUAAAACAGUGAAAUUUCCAGACUCAAAAACCAGACGGUGACCACCAAAAAGUGAGAUGUUGUAGCUGAAUUUAGAAAGAAGUUCUCUACAGGAAUUCAACUCCGAAGCAGUAAGAUCAUUCAAUCAAGACACACCAAAGAAAACCAGCAUUCAAUGACACUGAAGACAACAACUUCUACCUCAGACAAAGAGUCAUUUUUAAAGGCUUAAAGGGAGCUGAUAACAUCCCCAUGGAAGUGUAAAACAUCAUUAUAGUUAAAGUUUUCAUCCAGACUGCUUGUACCUUGGUCACAAAAGCAAGUACAGUUAUAGGAGAGUCUUGAUGGUGUUUUACCUUGGACUGCAGAAAAUUAUCAGAGAUUUGUUGCCUUUGAAUUCUUUCUAGGACAGAUCAAUAUUCAUUUUGAUAUGACCGCCAAGCAGAUGCCUUUAUCACAAGAAGCUUUAGCUCAAUUCAAUCUGGCUUUAUCUGGGCACAAUUUGGGACAGUGCCCUUGUGCAAACUCCAUUUCCACUCGCAGAAGUUCCCAGUCUGUGGACAUGCAUGCCAGCAAACAUCACCUGCAGCUGAAGAACAUCAAUGAAAGACCUCAUAUUCCUUCCAGAAGGAGCUCGAUUAUAAAUAAUGUCAAUGUGUCUUUUUCUCGCAAAAGCUCAAUGAUGCAAGGCAAAAGACAUUCCAUGAGCUGGAUGACCUCUGGUCAAGUCAGUUUCUCUGGAUUGCCCCUGUAUCAACCUAUUAGGGAAGUGAAAUGUGAAAAUACUUACAAAUCACAGCCAGAUGAAGGCUACAAGUUUGAUCCCUACAAGGUCCAAAAGGUCUUGGAGGGAACUCUUUCAAACUACUUGGCCAACAACAGCUAUAAUCCUGUAACAAGUGUACAGUUAGUGCAGAGUUUGACAGACCAUAUCAGGUUGAAAGUGAAGGAUAUUAAUAUCCCGAGAUACAAGCUAGUAUGCAAUGUGGUACUGGGCCAGCUCAAUGAUCAGGGAAUAUUAAUUGUGAGCCGCUGUCUGUGGGACACAUUGACUGACAAUUAUGCAACAGCUACUUUUAAAAACACUUCACUUUUUGCUGUUGCAACUGUGUAUGGGAUAUAUUUUGAAUAACUAAUUUAUCUGAAUUUAUACUGUUUGAUUAAAGUGAUCUAUUGAGUUGCUUAAAGUCUUUAAUGUCAAUGGUGAUAGUUAGAUUGUAAUAAUUGCAUUGCUCAUGUGACCCAAUCUUGUAUUAUUAUGCAACUGUUUUGUUACAUAAGCAAGUGAAUGGCACAGCAAAUCACUGUUUGACUUAAAUUGCUUACAAAGCCAUUGUGAUAUCAUUUCAGCUACAGCCAUGCACAUAUCCUCAGCGAGAGAGUAAACCAUGUUGGAUUUUUGAAUUUCCAAGAACUUGCUAAGAAAUGGUUCACAGAAUCUAGCAUUUUUUCCAGUUUUGUUUUUCUAACUCCCUCCUUUCUAGAGAAUGCUUUAGAGGUGUUACACCUGUUAAUUUCCAAUCUGUUGGGCAAUGUUCUAGCAUUCAGGGAAUUUUGGGAAAAUUAUAACCAAUGCAUCCAUUAUCUCAGUAGCUACCUUUUUUAACCCCCAUUAGGAUACAAACAACUAGGUGCUGGAGAUUUAUUGGUUUUUAGUUCCGUACAUUCCUCCAAUAUCUUUUACCUCUUGAUAUUAAUUACCUUAAAUUCCUUACUAUUAUUUGGCCCUUAGGUACCCUUUAAUUUUGGCAUGUGGUAUCUAUACUUUUGUCUAAUGUCUCUCCUAUUUCGUCUCUUCUUGCUGAUUUCUGUCCAAAGGACCAAUGUUGACUUGAGCUCUUCUCUGUGUACUUGUAAAAUCUCUUACAACCCAUUUUUUUUACAUUCCUGGCUAGUUUCCUCAUUGUUUUUUAAAGCACAUUUUUGUGGCUGUGUCCCCAGGGUUUCUGAAAUACUCUAAACUUCUAAACUCUCAGGCUUACAACUAAUCUUUGCAAGAUCGUUGAUCUUCUUAUAAUCUAAUAUUUCAACUUACCUUGUAAAUCACUGAUAUUAUUCAUUUAGCUUUUUAUAACAUUUUAAUGGCAUAUAUUUUAAUGUACAUUUUGAAUUAUUUCUUUAAAUAUUUACCAUUUGUUUGCCAUCAUAUAUUUUAGUCUACUUAACCAAUAUAAACCAGGUCACCCCUCAUACCUACAUAAGUGAUUUUGUUUUAAUUUAAAUUCUUCUUGGGGAUUGGGGUAAGGUGCUUUCAAACUUAAUAUGGAAUGCAGUUGUGCUAUGAUUUUAAUAUGCAAUUGUAUUAGGAUCACUAUCAGAAGUUUCUCAUUUAUAUGAACAUUCAAGUUGCCCAUCAUUAGUACAAUGCUUUUUUUAUAAGCUGUAAUAAUUUAUUAUUUAAUGCUCCAUCCAAUGAUACAAUAACUGUGGAGAGUCCUACAAGAUAAUCUCAACAAAUUACUCAAACCAACAUUUUUUGACACUUAAAUAAGAGCAAGGUAUUUCAGAUGCUGGAGAUCUGAACCAAAAAGCGACACUCAGCAGGCUGGCAGCAUCUGGAGGCAGAAACAUUGUUAACAUUGAGUUCAGUAAAUCUCUGCAGUACUACUUCUGAAUUCAUAUUGGGCUCCAAACAUUGACUGUGUCUCUAAGCACAAAGGUUGUAAGACCCGAGUUUCUCCAGCACAUCCUUUUUCCUGACAGUUUUUCCUAAUAGGUCUUUGUAAUGGCAAUAAACCAGUCCCUCAUUGACCUUAUUACAAAAGGUUUAUACAUUCAUAUAUACAGCAUUUAGUUUUAUUUAAAAAAAAAUAAACCUACUAUUCAUUGUAUGAGGAAAGAGUGAAGACUGCAGAUGCUGGAGAUCAGAGUAGAGUGUGUGGUGCUGGAAAAGCACAGCUGGUCAGGCAGCAUU